AUACCGCUUAUGUAUGUAACGGGUAAACAUGGAUGUGUAAAGAAAGAGGUUAUCAAAGGACAAGAAAGGGAAGACUUGAGCUUUUGUCCCUCAACUCCAGAGGGACACCUAAAACCACCAAUAAAAGAGCAUGGGUCUGAGAAACGAAAGUGACGUCACAACCCAGAAAACGAAACUGGGCGGGAACUUUCCUGGAACAGACGUAUAAAAGGGCUGCAAAGCCCUCUGUGAAGUGUGUGCUGGUGAAGCUGAGGCUCCCUUUGGCACCCAGCGCUGCUUUACUCAUUCCUUAUCGAAUAAACAGCCUUGCUGCUAAGAAUCCUUGAUUACCAGCUGCGUUUAUAACAGCCCCACUCCAGCAGAGCCAGCAGCAUCAAAAGGAAGGUCCCAGCUCAGAGCACACCCGGCACAGCUCCCCCUCCAGCCCAGCCCACCAUGGUAUGGGGAAUAGCUGAAGCCCUUGGAGCUGCAGUUGGAGCAGGAGUGGCACUGGUUGCCGCCCCGGCGGUGGUUGCUGGGCUGGGGUUCACCGCAGGCGGCAUCGCCGCUGGAUCCAUCGCUGCCAAGAUGAUGUCGGCAGCUGCCAUCGCCAACGGAGGGGGAGUGGGCAGCCGGCAGCACCGUGGCUGUGCUGCAGUCCAUCGGAGCUGCAGGUUUCUCUCUUGGUGCCAAACUUGGGCUGACAAGUGCCUUGGGGUCACUCGGGGCAGCAGCCGGUGCUUCGCUGCCCUUGAGGAAGAAGACUCGGAGUGACAAACCCAAGAAAAGUUAACUCCAGGUGACAAACCCAAGGAGGGAGCAGCUCCAGAUGCAGAACCCAAGAGAGGUGCUGAUCCUGAGGAGUUGCCAGGCAGCGUGGCACGUGAUGGGAAGUCCCCACAGACCCCACCCUCGCAAAAGCUUUGGAUUCCCCUGAGCAAUGAGUGCCCCGAAGCCAAUAAAGUUGCUUUGCCUGCAGCAGA